AUUUUUUUUUCUUUUUUUCUUUAUUCUCUUUUCUUUAAUGCCCGAAGACACUCAAGAACUAAAGAUUCUUUCUUUCAAUUGCUGGUGUCUUCCUAUUGUGUCUAAACAUAAAAGUGCUCGUCUAGCUGCCAUAGCUAAAAUAUUGAGCAAUGGGUAUUAUGACAUUGUGGCAUUACAAGAGAUUUGGGUAUACAGCGAUUUUGAAUUCCUGCGAAAGAAUAUCAAGCAUGUAUUUCCCUUUGCAAAAUAUUUUCAUAGUGGUGUCUUUGGAAGUGGUCUUGCUGUCUUUUCUAAAUUUCCUAUUAUAUCAAGUUCCUUUUAUCCUUUUAUAUUGAAUGGAAAGCCUCUACAAGUUUUUCAUGGUGAUUAUUAUGUAGGUAAAGGCGUGGGUACCGUACGCUUGAACCAUCCUCAAUUAGGCUAUCUUGACGUAUUUAAUACGCACCUACAUGCUGGAUAUGGUGAUCGUUAUAAGGCACACAGAGCUGCACAGUGUUGGCAAUUGGCUAAUCUAUUGAGAUCCUUUGUCAUUGCAGGGAAUCAUGUUGUGAUGACAGGUGACCUCAACAGUAUACCAGAUUCAUUAAAUUAUCGUUUGAUUCGCGAUCAUAGUCUCUUGACAGAUUCAUGGACUCAGACAUACGAUCCCGGAUUUACCUGCAAUUCUCCAUUCAACACAUUUUCAAGAUACUAUAAGAAGGACAAUGUUGCAGCAGGCAAGAGGCUCGAUUAUAUCCUUUACAGCCGUACCUUUAGAUUGGAGUGCAUAAAAUCAGAAGUUGUCAUGAAGGAUGUCAUCCCUGGGACGAAUAUAAGCUAUUCUGAUCACUUUGGCGUAUCAGCUGUAUUUCAUAUUGUCAAUCGUUCUGAAAAGAUGGAUAUAUCAGGUCAUCUACAAUCAUCCACAGUAGAUGCGCUCAUUCAGUUACUUGAACAAGAACUGGUUGUGGCCAAGUGUGAUGCAAAGAAACAUAUUUUUUGCGUGAUGGCUUGUAUCUUCAUCUUGCUGAUCUUUAUCAUAUUGACCAUUCUACUACCCACUCAAUUCAGGCUCACUAUCUACGGGUAUCUCGCCACUAUCCUGACCCCUUUGUUCUGUGGUUUAUGCAUGAUUAUUAUUUCUAUUAUAGGUUCUUUUUGCCUUGUAAUUGGACUCGUUUUUGGUCGGACAGAACAGAAUUCCAUGCGGGAAAUGAUAGAUGAGAUUAAACUGUUCAAGGGAACUUUGGCAAGUUGAGUUUCACUUGCAACAAGAAAGACAAAAGAAAGAAAGAAAGAAAGA